AUGUUCUCAGCCAAUGCGGAUGCUUUGUCUAGCAGUGAGCUGAGGGAGAGGCUCCACAAAAGAUUUAAGGAUAAGGGAGUGCAAGAAACACUCAAAACCCAACUGCGCACUGAACUAAUCAGGGAGUUAAAACCUCCGGCGUUCACUGGAGACCCAUCUUCCAGGCCAGCUCCUGUGAAAGCAGACUCUCAUUUGCUCUCAGUUUGUAACUGCAUAGUCGCUGAUUAUCUUCACAGCUCAGGGUACAAGUACACCUUUUCUGUAUUCCGUCCUGAAAGUAACCUGGACACAGGGAAGAUUUUUAGGAAAGAAGACCUUCUUCAAGUUCUUGAAAUGAGCCCUCAGUCAUCACUUUACAAAUCUCUUCUCAUGAAUGAAAAGAACGAUCAAGGUGUUUUAAUCAACCUUCUGACACAUGCGACACGCUGUCACACACCUCAUCUUUACCGUAAUGCUGCCACUCAGACAACCGGCGCAAGUGGUGACAGGUCACUUAUUGAGAGGAUGGAAACGAUUGAAAGGGAAUGUGCAGACAGCAGAGAGGACGACCAAGUUUUAUUACAUUCCAAGCUGGAUGCAUACAAAAGGCAAACUGAAAUGCAGAUGCAGAUGCAAGUUGAUGUUAAAAUGCAAUAUUUCAAAGACAUUGAACUUGCCAAGAUGAGGAUGGAAGUACAAGUUACAUUUCAGAAGGAAUUUGAUAGACUGAGACAAGAACUGGAAAUGACCUAUGAAACGAAGGUGAAGAAAUUAAACGCUAAGGAAAACAACAUGAUGAACCGAUUCAAAAAACAACAACAAAUUGAAGAAAACGAUGUCUUCAUCAAGAGACAAACCUUGCUGAAAGAAAGGGAAGCAGUGCAACGUCGAGGAAAUGAGCUGAGGAGGCAAAUGGAGGCUUUAGAAGGCACUUGUAAAAUACAUGACGAAAAGGUCAAGACCACCGAGGAGUUGCUGAGGAGGAGAGAGCUGCUGACGAAAAUAAUAGAGGACACACAUAACCACAGGCUGCAGAAUGAACUCUUCAAGUAUGAGCUUGAGUUCAGGGAAGAAUACAUCCAAAGAAGCGAGAAACUCACUGAAAGUGAGCAAAGAAAUGUCCUGGAAACUGUGGACUUCCAAAAAGAGUUAGCUGCAAUUAAUGCCAAAGUAGAGGAGCACAGCACAAUCCUUUCAGAGGUGAGACGGCUGCAGGAUGAACUGAACGCUGCACAGCAGAAGACCUCUGUGCUCAAUCAACAGAAAGAGCAACUGAAGGAAAAACUGGGGAGCAUGAGUGACUAUCCCAGAUUAAAAAGUGAGAAAGCACAGCUGGAGGAACGGGAGCAGCUUCUCGCGACACAGUUGGAGGAUUUACGCCAAGAGAACCAGCAGCUUUGCGCAGACUUGGAGAAACCUUCAAAAGAGCAUCUGGCCCUGCAGAUGGAGCUACAGAGGCUCCAAAGUGAACGCAGAGCGGAAAAAGAGACAUUCAACAACGAGAGGCAGUUUCUGCAAUCACAAAUCUGGCUUGAGGUAAAGCGGUGUGGUCAGGUCAAGGUCCAGCUCACAGAAUGCGAAGAGAACUUACAGUGGCUGACUGGUCACGUUGAAAACCUGAAGAAACGUCUUGAUCAAAAUCAAGAAUUCAAAAGACGUCUCCAAGCCAUAUUCAAGUCCUCUUGCUUGGGGUCGAAUUUAAAUGAUAACCAAACCUUGCCGAGAUCCACAACAUGUGAUGCUGUGCAAAGGGAUUCAUGUGGGAGUAACACUCCCAACAUGGCGCUAGGAACUGAACCCAGUGCUUGGAUUGUUCAACUGCAGGAAGAGGCAGAGGCCUUCCAAGACGCCUACAGAAAGAUCCUGGUCAUCUCCUGGAUGCCCUCUGUUCUGAGGAGGCACCUGGGAGUCUUUCUGUUCCCAAAAGAGAGAGGGGAAGUCAUACAGAGAGAGCGAGAAGAAAUGGAAAGACUUGAGAAAGAGGAAGAGGUGGUGGGAGCAGUGCAUGAAGAUUAUUUUGAAAGGACAAGAGAACCAGGAUGGCCAUGA